UUCCGGACACUCACAAUGGACAAGUUUCUAAAUGAUAUGGAAAGAGAGAAGCCCAUCAGGUUCACUUAUCAACAACUUCAGAUUGCAACUGAUAACUUCACCAACUUGUUGGGGCAAGGAGGGUUUGGUGCAGUUUAUAAAGGGAUAUUUAGUGAUGGAACCCUUGUAGCAGUGAAGGUUCUAAAUGGGACCUCAGACAAGAGAAUAGAGGAACAAUUUAUGGCGGAAGUUAGCACAAUUGGAAAAAUUCACCAUUUCAAUCUGGUCCGUCUUUAUGGCUUCUGCUUUGAGAAACACCUCAGAGCACUUGUUUAUGAGUACAUGCGAAAUGGAUCGCUUGACAAGUUCUUAUUUCAUAGCAACAAGGACUUAGGAUUUGAAAAGCUUCAUGAAAUUGCGGUGGGGACAGCGAGAGGGAUUGCUUACUUGCAUGAAGAAUGCCAACAACGAAUAGUCCAUUACGAUAUAAAGCCUGAAAAUAUUCUUUUGGACGCAAAUUUAUUUCCAAAAGUAGCUGAUUUCGGUUUGGCCAAGCUCUGUAACAGGGAUAAUACUCAUAUAACCAUGACUGGGGGAAGAGGCACUCCUGGUUAUGCUGCACCGGAAGUUUGGAUGCGGUUUUCUGUAACACACAAAUGUGAUGUUUACAGCUUUGGGAUGCUAUUGUUUGAGAUCAUUGGCAGGAGAAGGAAUCUUGACAUUAAUAUUCAAGACAGCCAAGACUGGUUCCCAAGGUGGGUUUGGAAGAAGUUUGAGCCUGGAGAACUAGGAGAGAUAAUGGGAGUGUGCGGAAUAGAGGAGAAAGACAAAGAGAGGGCUGAGAGAAUUGUAAAGGUUGCUCUUUGGUGUGUCCAGUAUAUGCCUGAAGCAAGGCCUUCGAUGAGUUUUGUGGUGAAAAUGUUGGAAGGAGCUAUUGAGAUUCCUAGACCUUCAACUAACCCGUUUCAGCACUUGAUGUCGGAUACUCCAUACCCAACUGCACCUGUCUAUGAUACUUCAAAUGGAACAUAUAGCACUAGCGCUUACGGUUCGGAUCCCUCACAAAUGGUAACUGGUACUCCUGUCAUGAAGAAUCAUGAGAUUGAAAUAGCCUCUACCUAG